AUGUACGGACGAGGACGAAAUAACAUCAGCACUCAUUCACAAUACGGUGAAGAUGAGCAUGAGGAAUCUUCAAGUGCAGAUUCGACAUUAGUCAUGUUAAUCGUACACAAUCUUGAUCAUAUGAUGCAACCACAUGAAUGGGAAAUAUUAUUAAAACGCGAAAUUCAUGGUGCACGUAUUUUAGGAGUAACGGUCAUCCGUGAACAAUCAUCAUCACGUCCAUGGGGUGAAGGUGAAUUAACAGCAUAUAUAUUAACGCGACAUGAUGCUCCAUUAAUUCGACAAUAUUUACAUAAUCGACGUCUUGGUUUUCGACGAUUACAUGUUGAUGCAGUAGCAAGUGAAGGUGGAAUUGAAGUAUUUCUUGUACACAAAAUUCUUCAAUUACUCAAACUCAAUCCACAAAUGUCCGACGUAGCAAUCGAACAACGUAUCAAUAGUUUUUUUCGACGUUUUCCAUCAUCUGUACGUCAACAUGAUUAUGAUCGUGCAGAUGUUAUGCGUUUGAUUCAUGAAUGUAUGGGUUUACCAGCGUCACCACCUGUAACUAGUGAUGAAAGUGAAGUUGAUGAAGAUUCACCACCUUCACGUCCUGUUACUACUGUUCUUCAAUCAUCUGUACCGACACAAGUACAAUCACAAUCGACUCUUAUCGCUCAACAACAACAACCAAAUAUUUCGAUACAAAUGUCACCACAACAAGAUCAACCUAUUUUUAAUCCUCAAUUGAUAACUAUUGAUGAACAUACAUUACAACUUCAUUUUACUCCACUUUAUUUUGAUCUCUUAGAAGCUAUGGCUAAUAUAAAAAACAAUAAUGAAUAUGUUCAAUUAUCGAACAAUGAUCUUUUCUAG